UCUGAUGAAAUAAGGUCGAUCUUGUAGCAUAGGAAUUGAGAAACCAAUAUCUUCACAUUGAUGCGGCACAGCAUUCUUCCACGUCCACAAUUAUCAUGCAAACACCCAGGAUAACACAACAUCUCACAAAUACCACCAAUCUGUCAAAGCCGUCGUGUCCCAUAGUCAUAGCACCAAACCUGUCAAAGCAUGUCAUCCAUAAUACCAGCCUGUCAAAACCAACCUGUCGUGUAUCAUAAACCGCCAAAACAAACCCAAGCAAUUCCAAAAAAUCCUCCCGCAAGCCGUCACUUGCCGCAGCAAGCAAAGCAGUUGCGCAAUCCACCAAGCCCGUCGCACCAUCAAAAAAGCCCAACUCGAGCUACAGCGGGAAUGCCGCAAGCCUUCUUUUUCCCUCUCCCCAUCUUUUUUUGUUGGGGAAGAGAAAAGCUUCCGAGUACGACAGUCCGCACGCGUGUCGUAGCGACAAGUUCACAACUGAAGAUGCCGUGAAGGCUGUAGGAGAUGUGGAAGUUAUCAAGGAUGAGCACAGCGCAGUCCAGAGAAAAGAGUCCGCUCGGUGUGGACAUCGCU